CUGCGCUGUCCCAUGCUGUCACUUCCUCACAGCAGCUACUAGCGGCACCAUGGCAGGCUGCAUCUCUGCCCAGCUCCCGCGGGCCGCUGUGGACACAGACUCGGACUCUGACAGUGAGGGGCUCCGGCCCCGGCUGCCGCAGCAGCAGGUCAUUCACAGCGGGCACUUUAUGGUCUCCUCUCCGCACAACGAUGACAGGCACAGGGGUAAGGAGCCAGAGAGGCCGGACAUUGCACCAGCCGGCAGCAUUGACCCCACUCUUACCCGACUGUUCGAGUGCAUGAGCCUAGCAUACAGUGGCAAAUUGGUGUCUCCAAAGUGGAAGAAUUUCAAAGGUUUAAGACUACUAUGGAGAGACAAAAUCCGUCUGAAUAAUGCUAUCUGGAGAGCUUGGUAUUUACAGUAUGUGGAGAAAAGGAAGACCCCAGUGUGUGGCUUUGUUACUCCAUUGGAAGGCUCAGAAGCAGAUGAUCACCGUAAACCGGAGGCGGUAGUGCUGGAGGGGAACUACUGGAAACGUCGGAUAGAAGUUGUAAUGAAGGAGUAUAACAAGUGGAGAAUUUACUACAAGAAACGCCUGCGGAAACUUCACCAGGAUGGCAAGCCAUUACAAGAACAAAAGGGCGCCCCCUCUUGGAGAGGCAGUGAACUGUUUACUGGCCGCUCCUUGAUGGAAGAGGUACGUGGGAAUGAGGAUGAUAUGCUGUAUGAUCUGGAUUACUUCUUAACGGAUAUCUCGGACACCCUGUUCACCACAACGCACGGCCUACCUCCUUCUCAUCAGUACCCAGAUUUUGAUUAUGUUGGGAACGCAGAUAUGAUACAGCCAGAACUGGCAACGUUACAACCUAGCCUGGAUGACUUCAUGGACAUAUCAGAUUUUUUCAGUGGUCCUCGGCCUCUUCCCUCUCCACAAUCUCCUCUUUCUUUCCAAGAAUCCCAUUGUUACUCCACCUUUAGCGAGGGAACUAACAGCCAUCCACAAUCUGCUAUUGCGUGCCACCGAGUCCCACAGCCCCACAGCACUUAUGUCUCCCGGUCAGAUUCCUGCUUUCCAAGUUCCGGAUUCUCUUCUGCCUAUGGCACAACCGUAGUGCCGUGUAUGCCAUCCAGCACAGAAACCAAACCACUGUCCCACUACCCCGAGCCUAGUGAUAGAUACACCACUGACAGUUUCCCUUCCGCUGGUUCUUUGUCCAUACAUUGUAUUACUUCUAACCUUGUAGUAGAGGAUCAGGACAUGUUGUUUCCACCAGUUACCUGCCCCAAACAUCACUAUACCUCUGUGACCACAGAUACCACUAUCCUAAAUCAAUCGUCAUCUCCUUCCAUCCAUGCAGAUGUAUACCCUUUAUAUGCAGAACCUUCAACAAAUAUUGAUAUGUCCCAUGUUUUUCCAAUGCCCAAAGUACAUGCACAAAAUUCAGCCAACAAACUCCGAAGGCCUUCUGCAGACAAAGCAACGCGCCCGCUCCCCUGUGUCAUUCAGCCACGCAUUUCAGCCGCUAAGCCAGACUCUGCAGCACAGAUGCCGUCUGGUGGGCCAAAUGGGCUUAAUUCAACGACAGCCGGCAGGUCAGACAGCAUGUCUUUUUCUGGCGUCACUGUACCUGUUGUUCCGCCCAUUCCUUCAUCCUCCACACGAAGUACCCUUGGUUUUCCUUCCCCUCCCCCUGCAAUAUUCCUAAGUCCUGUCUUAUGUUCCCCAAACGAAAACAACACUUCCGGCGCCACAAAUUUGGAAAGUCCUCCGUUGCUUCCUAAAACAGAGAGACUGUCGCCGACAUCAGGCUGUGGUGAUGAUCGUAAAGACUCGCUGACUGUGCCAUUUCCCCGGGCUGCCAGCUGUUGGAGCAGACCUAGCAGUAGGAAGGUGGAGAGCCGCCGUAUAACACACAUCUCAGCCGAACAGAAGCGACGUUGUAACAUUAAAUUGGGAUUUGACACCCUGCACAGUCUGGUGACAACUCUACAUGGACAGCACACCAACAAGCUCAGCAAGGCCACCACUUUACAGAAAACAGCAGCAUAUAUCUGUAAACUGCAACAGGAGAGGACCCAGCUGCAGGAAGAAUCGCAACACCUGCGCCGGCAAGUACAGGAGCUCAGUGACAGCAUCAGCCUGUGCCAGCAACAGCUUCCAGCCUCCGGGGUGCCCAUAACGCACCAGCGCUUCCAGCACAUGCGGCAAAUGUUCCAGAGCUACGUACAGAGCAGGACCCUGCAGAACUGGAAGUUUUGGCUAUUCAGCCUCCUUAUCCGUCCUCUAUUUGAAUCAUUCAACCGUAUGGUGUCCACAGCCAGCAUGACAGAUCUGAGGCAGACAUCUUUGGAGUGGCUAGACCAGCACUGCUCCCUGCCUGCACUGAGACCUACGGUGUUGAGUUCAUUGUGUCAGCUCAGCACCUCAACGUCCAUUCUAACGGACCCGUCCCUGAUGCCGGAGCAGGCCAUGCAGGCAGUCACGCGAGGAGAGAGUGGAGAUGGCUUCUACUAGACCAGCCAGCAAACACCAGCCUUCUUCACCAGAAACUACGAAUGUUUACCAGUUGAGACUUCUUACAGAGGCCUUUCAGGACCACUAAACCUAAAAUACAAGUUGACUUAUAAAAGUUUUACGUAAACCAUCCACACAUGUCUGUAAAGCUUUAUGAGCCUAUCAGAAAUGAGUUUAUUUCAGAUAGUUGUGACUGAGGUGAGGGGAUAGUGACAUGGUCCGUACGUAGAGCAGGGUAAUACUAUUGAAGGACCACCAGGACACCACCCUCAGACCCUUAGCCACCUUUUGUAGACACUGCUAACAGAAAAAAGUAGCUCAACCGCAUAUCACAUUAAAAUGUCACCUCAAGUUCUGUCAAUAUAUGGUAAUUCUGGCAUAUUAUAUUUUAUGUAAGGCAAGCAGUAUUUUUGAUCUAGUGGUUUCCUCCUAGAAACUCAGGAUAUUUUUGUAUAUUAUCACUUCAAAAGUCACAAAGUGCCUGAAAUCCCAAAAAGUGUUUGGCUCCCUAGUUUAUACACCCAGUGUUAAGACUUGUUCAUGUCUUCUGUACAAAAAAUGACCAUGUUUAAUUGUUUAUGUGGAAAUUUGUGUUCUUUGUUAAACUCACUAAAAGUUUACAAUGUAUUAUA